CGGUAUUAUUUCAGCGGCUGCGGCGACAACAACAACAACAGGAGCGACAACAACAACUGAUUUGCAAAAAUCAUUUUCUGAUUAAAGUUUUUCUAUCAUUUGUCAACCAUAUAUAAAGGUUGUUGUCAGUUAUUCAUUUUAUUAAUAUUCAGACGAAGCAUGAAAACUCAGUUGUGAAAAGAUGCCUGGCAAGGUCAAGGUAAAGGUUGUUGCAGCACGGGGUCUACCUGUGAUGGACAGAUCAACAGACCUGACAGAUGCUUUUGUAGAGAUUAAGUUUGGAAGUGAGGUACAGAAGACUGAAGUUUACAAGCGGUCACUGAACCCACAAUGGAACUCAGAAUGGUUCAAAUUUGAAGUAGAGGAUGAAGUGCUACAAGAUGAGCCCCUUGAACUGAGAGUAUUGGACCAUGAUACAUACAGUGCUCAUGAUGCUAUUGGCAAGGUUUAUAUUGACCUUAAUCCAUUGUUGGUAAAGGAAAGUCCCUCUGUUAUAACUGGAUGGUUCCCCAUCUAUGACACCAUGCAUGGUAUACGUGGAGAUUUAAAUGUUCUAGUGAAGAUAGACUUGUUCAGUGAUUUUAAUAAGUUCAGACAGUCAUCCUGUGGAAUACAGUUCUUUUGUACUGCUGAGGUACCAUCUGGUUACCGGCUUCAGUAUGUCCAUGGCUUUGUUGAGGAACUAGUGGUAAAUGACGAUCCCGAGUACCAGUGGAUUGACAAAAUUAGGACACCAAGAUCCUCAAAUGAGGCCAGACAAAGGCUGUUCUCAAAAAUGUCAGGGCAACUUGCCAGAAAGAUUGGCCUUAAGGUACUUGAAAUGGGAGGCAGUGCUGUAAUUGGUUACAAGCAGUGCUUUGAUCUGGAAGGCGAGUCAGGUAUUGUGAUCAGAGGUAUUGGUACAGCUGUGACCUUGGCCAAGCUGCGCGAUCCUCAGGUGUCGCCACUUGGGGCAUCACCAUUGAAAGAUUACCAGCGACCUAUCGUGCCAGCUCUGUAUAUCAGCAUGCCACUGGUCAUAACCAGUAACACCCAGUCACACGCCCAUAGACGCUCUUUACACCUUCCUCACUCACACCCCCUAACACCGGUACCUUCCAACACACUUACAUCAAACAGUCAUUCUACUAAAAUGAGCACCUCUGUUGCACACACUGUAGAAAAUAACUCCACCCCUAGCUCACCUAGGCAAAGAUCACUCACAAUUAGCCACACCCAUCCUCUAACGGCUCCGCCCAUGUCUAAGUCAUCACCAUCAGAUCACAGCUCUGAGCGUUCGCAUUUUGCCUUUGAUUUCACUUACAGCUCUCCUGUCCCAGAGGAAAACCUAGCGCCCUCCUCCCCACCAGUUUCACAUGCACGUAGUACAACCUCCCCUAUGAAAGUUACGGGGCCUCCAAGUGGACCGCCAAACAAUAGGAGGUCCUCAGAUUCAGAUAUGAGCACUCCGCCUAAAGGGAGCAGUCUUGCUGGAAGCAGUGGAAGUGGGAGCGGAAGUGGAACCAAAAAUUUCCCCAAACCAUGCUCGCAGCAGAUUAAUAUUGAACUUAUGGAGUAUCCAUUGUUUACAAUGACAUCUUUUCCUCCUGGUUUUAUCAUACAUAUAGGUGGUGUGGUUGCUGCCAGAUCCAUUAAACUUUUAGAUAAAAUCCACAAUCCAGAGGAGCCAGAGACAAGAGAUGCCUGGUGGAAUGAGGUACGUACUGAGAUUCGUUCGCAUACGCGAGCCAUGGGUUGUCACGCCGUCAUUGGUUACUGUGAAUUAACUUCUAUCUGUGAUGAAUUAAUACUGCUGUCAGCCACUGGCACAGCUGCCAAGGUCAACUUGAACCUAGACCAAUAUCUGCAACCCAAGGCCAACUCCCAGCAACUGGUGUCAGCCGGGGACCGGAAUCUUGCAACGGAAAAAGAGAGGGACCAGGGGAAGAAACUCUUUGUAGAUGUAAAUUUAGCCAAUCAGAUGACGUUAAGAAGUGGUGGCAGUUCAGAGGAUGGCAGCCCAAGAUUCGCAUGUUCACUGUGCCAUAUUCCAUACAAACCUAGUUCUGCACCAUUUCCUAUCAACCUGUCACAAUGUGCAUGUUGCAGGUAUGUACAUGUAGUAUACUUAAAGUUUAAUAAAGAUUUUUGGUUUUUGAUGAUCCCCAUAUUUCCAUUGGAGCAUGUAGUUUUUGGAAUGUGUUUUUCUCCCUGUUUUUACUAUAUUUUUCCUUUAUUUUUGCUACAUUUUUUCCUGUUUCUUUACAGAGUUAUAAGACCCAAAAUAAACAGCAAAGCUGAAGCAAAUGCAAAAGAGAUUAGUGAUAUUCUGCCAUUUCUGGAAUAUGAUCUACACAAUCAGUUAAUGAACAAACUUAAAAUGCGAAGUAUGAAUGGAUUGUUUGGACUGAAAAUGCAGUUUGUGGUGGGAGAAAGCAUGCUGAUUGGAAUAGCUUCAGCCACUGGAGCGUACUUGGUGCCACUACCACCACCACCUGUACCGAGGCUGUUGGGUCAGAUCACCUCGGAGGAGGAAAAUGUGGCGUUACUUGACCUACAAAAGAAGCUGGCCGAACAAAUACAGCGUAAUAAAGAUCUUUAUCAGCUAACUGGAAUUGAUUUUUCAGGUCAGCCGAGUCCUCACAGUGUAUAUACAGAUGAUAGUGAUGAUGAAGGGUCAGAUUUAGAGUUAUCUGCUGGUAACAAGGAUACUUUUGUCCUAGAGGUAGAUGACACAAAGGAUGAUAAUAUACAGGCCAUGUUACAUGACACUCCUCACCCUGCUGGUAUGGAUUUGUGCAAUACGGAGACGUGUCCGGGCAUACAGUCACGACUGUUCAGUCAUAAUCUCCAGAUGUUUACACAAGUGUACAGAAGAAAGAUUGAUCUAGAGCAGCAUAUGAAAACGGAUUUUAAAGAAUUCUUUGAUGGGGUGUAUAGGAGAUUAUUCUUCAAAUUACGGAGAAUGAUACCAUGUUGUCUGUGUAAUCUGGUAUUCAGCGUUGACGCUCCUGAAGAAGAUGAGAUUGAGGUCGUUGUCACGGGAACAUGUGUUGCCAUUGACGACAGCCAACCACAGAGCAAAGCCGUCACUGAUACUCCUGUUAGUUCUUCUGCUUCAAAUAAACAACUGUUAAAAUCUGCAAAUGUGUCGGUUGUUGGAGCCAGUGGGGAGAAUGUUGAUGAUAUGAUGUUCCAAAUGGAAGAGGUCACAGAGGGGUCAGCCUCAUCUGCAUUACAUAAAGUUCCAAAGAUUAAAGCUGAAGUAUUAAAGAAGAAACAAUCUCAAGUUUUUGGUAGAACGUUACAGGGCAUACAGAUUACACCAUUAGCGUAUGUUCCCGGAGCUAAGAUAGAAAAAUAUAUCGGCAGUUAUAAUUUCUUCUUCAUACGGGAAACUACAUCUGUGAGAGAGGUUGGGGGUGUAUGUGGUUUUAUGCAGAAGUUUAUCAUGGAAGUUCUAGCGAUUGUACGAGCUCAUGUGUCCUCGCUCGGAGGUAACGCCCUGGUGGCGUAUAAUUUAACACAAUGUGUUCUGCUGACCAAUGAACAUAAAAACCAGAGUCAGUGUCUGAUAAACGUGUGCGGUGACGCUGUUCAUGCUGUGAAAGAAGGGGAGAUCACUGCUGUAAUACCCGAACAUGUUCGUAAACACAGCGAUUCUCCGAUUUACGUCACCACAUGACAUUUUCAUAGACAAAUCUUGGUGAUAAUUAUAUAUGGAUGGUGAUGAUUAUAUAUAAAUAGUGAUAAAUUAAUCUAACCAAGAAAGCAAGAGAGUUGUGUCUAGGAACUGAAAAUUUAAAUCGGCAGUAUUUUUAACCCUUAUUCUGCUGAAUUUUACAAUGGACUUGUCCAGCUUCCAUUCUUUUGGAACUGUCCAUUUCCAAGUUUAGGGAUAUCAGUGAUUCUGUGCUUUAUACUACUUAUACUGCAUAACUUUUGUUAAUGAAACUAAGCAAGACUUAUAGAAUUGUGAACAACUAAUAUUAAACUUUUGUUAACAAAGAGGCGAGGGAAGAUAACUCAUAUUUGCCAUUUGAUCAAAUUCUAAUAGUAUCUGGUAAAUGGGGCCCAAACUUGAAGCGUUAUAUACUUAAUAUGUACAAUUGACUUUGACUUUUGAACUAUUUGGGUUUUUUUAAUAAAAUGUAGGACUAAAAGAUGCUAUAUUUAAACUGCUAUUAAUAUAUAGAGGCUGAAUAGGCUACCUAUAUUAAAGACUGUGUAGUGGCAUUCAAAUCAUCAACUUAGGUGUGGGAAGUAGGGUUGAGGUGUAUUUUGAAGGCCAAUUUGGGGGACAGGGGUUGAAGCACAUUGUGAAGGCCUAUAAAACAUAGUAACAUAUAGAUCACUGCCAUGGUAUUUUGAACAAAUUACAAUAUCAAUGUCUUUCUUUUAAAGAAUAUGGACCCUCUGCUAUAUUUGUAUUUUCUCAAAUAAUGAUGUCAUAAUGGCAAACACCCUCUCAUGCUACCAAAGUGUAGCUAAAAUUAGGUAUUAAGGAAACUUUUAAAAGUGGUUUCUCUUUUAUGAUGAUAUUACCAAAGUAUUAUUUGUAAUUUACCUAAACAAUAGGGUUCGUAAUCUUU